CCUGCUGACGGUUUGUUGCAUGGAAACGACACACGCGCACGCUUUUGACGACCUCUGAUGCUCAAAGAUGAGCAACUCCGACAUUCCGGCAGGCCUGAAGGAGCUGCUGCAGGGGUACACGGUGGAGGUUCUUCGCCACAGGCCGCCGGACUUGGUGGAAUUCGCCGUGCGGCAUUUCACGCAAAUUCUGGCGAACCGUGGGAACGACAAGCCGGCUAAGAAGCGUGGCGGGAAAGUGUCACGGAAAGGGGUGACCUUUGCGACCAACUCUGAUGAGAAUGUCCAGGAUGAGAGAGAAGAAGAUCAGGAGAAGCUUGUUAAAUGCACCACUGGUAAAUACAACCGCAGAGUUUCAGUUUGCGCAGAGGCCUACAACCCCGACGACGACGACGACGACGACACCGAGCCUCGAGUUGUGCACCCCAAAACGGACGAGCAGCGUCGCAGGCUUCAGGAUGCCUGCAAGGACAUUUUACUCUUUAAGACACUGGAGCAGGAGCAGUUCUCUGAGGUUUUGGACGGCAUGUUCGAGGUGCAGGUCAAACCACAGGAGCACAUCAUAGACCAAGGAGAUGAUGGAGAUAAUUUCUAUGUCAUAGAGAGGGGUGUUUAUGAUAUAGUGGUGGCGAAGGACGGUGUGAGUGUGCGCGUGGGAAAGUACGACAACAAGGGCAGCUUCGGCGAGCUGGCCCUCAUGUACAACACGCCUCGAGCUGCCACCAUCGUGGCAACACAGGAAGGCGCCCUGUGGGGCCUGGACCGAGCCACCUUCCACAGGCUCAUUGUGAAAAAUAACGCAAAGAAGAGGAGGAUGUAUGAGGCCUUUGUUGAAUGUGUUCCUCUUCUGAAGUCUCUGGAGCUCUCAGAGAGGAUGAAGAUUGUGGAUGUUCUAGGAGCAAGAUGUUUCAAAGAUGGAGAGUGUAUAAUAGCGCAGGGAGACAGUGCUGACUGUUUCUACUUCAUGGAGUCGGGACAAGUGAGGAUCAUGAUCAAAACCAAAACACAGGCAGGCCAGCAGGACGACACGGAGGUCGAGGUGGCUCGUUGCUCUCGAGGACAAUACUUUGGGGAGCUCGCACUCGUCACCAACAAACCUCGCGCGGCGUCCGUUUAUGCUGUUGGAGAAACCAAAUGUUUGGUGAUUGACAUCCAGGCAUUUGAGCGCCUGCUGGGCCCCUGCAAGGAGAUCAUGAAGAGGAAUAUCUCCCAGUAUGAAGAUCAGCUUGUGGCAUUGUUUGGCUCCAGCGUAGAUUUAAAAAACUAGGAUAUACUGCAUGUGUAUAUAUAUAUAUGUUUUUUCCCUUUUGUUAGUGUGUUGACCAUGUACGUAAAACUCAGAAGUUAAAAAAUACAACCAUAAAAGACCUGCAGAAAUAUGCCCUGAUGGAUUUUUGGAUUGUUACAGCUGGUGAACUGUUAAAUGUUCUUUUUUUUUUCUUAUUUGAAUACCAAUUUCCUUUAUAUUUUCAAUUGCCAGAUUAGCGUAAUACAUUAUUCUUGAGCUUCAUUUGAAACACCUCACUACUUUGUUUCCACAUAUACUGCACUGCGAAAGUUCAUAUUGACUUUUAAUAGUUAAGCCCCAAUUAUUUUUUAUUGUUUGCUCUUUCAGCUGUAUAGAAAUACAUACUCAAUAAACAAACAACCAUUCACACCGA